CUUCCCACGAACGAAUACAUAGCCACCGGAAGUUUAUUUACUAUGCUCUCGCCUUGGUGAAGCUGAAGUUGGCAUCAAUGUCCACGACGACACAUUCACUGGCUCAAUCUUCCGCUACUUUAUCCAGCCCACCAAUGACGGAUCAACCAGUUGCCAUUAUUUGCCAAGGAUGGGUGCUCAAGAAGAGGCGAAAAAGGAUGCAAGGAUAUGCGCGCAGAUACUUUACCCUGAAGUCCGACGGGGACCUUUCGUACGCCACACAGCCAAACGGGAACGUUCGCGACCAUCUUGUUUUGCGUUUAGCUACGAUCUCUUCCAGUGACCGCGCGAAAGAGGACCCCUAACCGCAACAUGCAAUGGCGGUGAAAUUGACGACAGCUGCAUAUCGACUCUGGAACAUCAACCUUUCAUAUAAGGUGUCUCAAGAAAUUCGAUUAUGACAUGUGGCUUUCGGCAUUCAGGUACGAACCAAUCUGAAAUUCUCCUUCUUUCCUCCAUCUAAAGGAGACAUCG